CACUGUCUAGACGUUGUAGACGCAACUUAGCAUUACAGUGAGUAAGAGCCUUACAACCUAAUGGACUUUACAGGGCUUGCAUUCUAUAAAGAUGAGAUGUAUAGUUGGAAGCAAUAUCAAAGAACGCACAAAUGCAGUGUUGAAUAAAAGCCAUCAUUAUUACAUGAUUAUUGCAGGAUUACAUACAAAUUUAAACAAUAUUCUAACAGGCAUUUUGCAUUAAAUUAUUAAGUCUCCAUUCAGGUACAGAACCAAGAGUUAAAUUCUGAAGGGGUCAAGAUAUUUCACGAGUUACAGCACUACAGUAGAGCAAUACUCCCCCAAAGCCGAAGGGUCACUCUGCUGCCAAAUUACUUAAGUUAAUCAGGUGAAUAAACAAGGUAUUAACAGGGAAGGGUGUUCGGGAGGGAAAAGGUCAGUGUCGUGUCUCUUCUCAGAAGAUAGAGCUUACGUGGUAACGUCACUCGGCCGCGCUCUGGUGAUAUAUAUACAGACUGCUACAGCAAGAUCAAUAUGACAACCAUUAAAGCAGGCUCAGUGGUUAACUGAACUCUUGUAUUCCUCCGGAAACAGUGAGACUGAAGAGAAAUCAUGCUGGCCACCAGGACUUUGCUUUCAAAACAAACGCUGGCUGUUAUUUCUCGACAGCCUGCCUGCUUCGUUCACCAGGGUGACUACGGCAACUGGGGAAAUACUAACGUGGCAGUGGUUUUCUCAGGAUGUGGCUGGUGGGAUGGGACUGAUGUCCACGAGGGAGUGUACACCAUGUACCACCUCAGCCGCAACGGGGCUCGCUUCCAGAUGUUUGCUCCAAAUCAGCAGCAGAUGCAUGUGAUUGACCACAUGAAAAAGCAGCCGGCCUCCGGGGAGAACCGGAACAUGAUGAUGGAGGCGGCCCGCUUCAGUCAUGGUCAGGGCAUGAUGCAAAUGCAGGACCUGUCCAAGCUGGACGCGAACAGCUUUGAUGCUAUCAUCUUCCCUGGGGGUCACGGUAUCACCAAGAACCUAUCCUCUUUUGCGAAGGACGGCAAAGACUGCAAGCUGCAGAAUGAUGUGGAAAGGGUGCUGAAAGAUUUCCACCGUUUACGCAAACCCAUUGGACUGGCCAGCAUGGCCCCUGUGCUGGCAUGCCGGGUGCUGCCCAGCAUCGAGGUGACCCUGGGCUAUGAGCGGGAUGAAAACACCCGCUGGGGGAACUGGCCCCACACAAACAUGGUGCAGGCUGUAAAGAGCAUGGGUGCACGCCACAAUGUCCGUGAGCCAUAUAUAUCCUUUCAAAAGUCUCAGUUUAACAUAUGUACUAGUUAACAGCCUCUACACAGAUCUGUGUUCAUUCUGUUAUUAUGCCUGUUGUGAAAUAACUCCUGCUUUGACCUUAACCCUUUGUUCUACGAAGCCCAUGUGGAUGAGAAGAACAAGGUGGUCAGCACCCCGUCCUUCAUGUGGGACACAGAGUAUCACUAUCACUAUAUAUUUGAUGGUAUUGGAAAUAUGGUCAAACAUGUCAUGCGUAUGUCAACCAAGUGAGCUGUGACAACGAGCCUGAGAAAUCAAUAGAAGAAGUCGGUGUUGAUGUACAACACACAUGACUGUACUGUGAGGACUUCUUACCUGCAACAAUAAAAAUGCUUUA